AUGUACCCUAAGCUCGUCUUUCACUUUGCCUUCCAGGAUUGCGAUGGGGAUACACCUCUGCAUGAUGCUAUUUCCGGCCAGAACUUGGCAAUGGUUGAACUCCUGCUCUCUGACCGCGCCGAUUUGACCAUAACAAACAGCCUGGGUCACAACUGCCUUCAUCACGGGGCUCUCUCGAAUGUCUGCCUAAUUGUAUUGGCAGGCGAAAAAAAAGACUAUGUCGCCAAGAUGAAGUUGCCUCCAUUUGUUCACUUCGAUUGGAACUCGUGUGGAGAGUGUAAGAAGUUCCUCUCUGGCAAAGCGUUGAACACUGCCUCACUAGUCUCGAAACCAAUCAAUAGUAUUUGGGAGAUCGGCUGUGGGUGGUCUAUUGAGAUUCAUAACCCUGUUUCCGAGGCCGGUAAUGACUUCGAAUUUUAG